AUGGACGAACAAUCGAAAGCUGACGACCUCCCAACGACACUCGAAGACGCUCUCGAGCGGCUCCGGCUCGCGAACAAGCGCACCGACGACCUCCGAGCCCACCUCUAUGAAGAGCGCGUUCCCUCCCUCAUCCUCCUCGGCGAAGGCUCGUUUGGCCAGAUCUUCUAUGUCCUCACCCAGUCGGUCGUCUUCAAGGCGUGCUUCACCUCCGACGACGAAGCUGCCACACAGCUCAAGCACGAGUUCAGGCUCUGCGCGGCUAUGAACGCCGCCGCCUCUGGCCACCAAGGCGGAGGUUCGCGCGCCAGCUCGUUCGUCGUCCCUCGCCCCUGGACCUUGUGGAAGCCAGCUACAUCAGAGCUCGUCGACCUCGAGUGGUCUCCUCCGCUGGCUCCGCCGAGUGAAACGAGGCGGCCACCCCGUUCAUCGUCGCCUGGCGAUGCUACCCCGUCAGUGUGGGACAGCUUCUCCACCCCGACAUUCGUGCUGGACGUCGUGCCCGCCCUCGCGCUCCCGUACGCCGACACCUUCCUGUCGCUGUUCGUCGCGCCCGAGCUGCACAGCCAGUGCGGCGUGCGCCUCCUCAGGCUGUACCUCGGCCGCGACGACUUCCCAGCCGUGACAGCUACGCUGCAGCCUGGCCUGCGCAGCGACUUCCCACUCGACAUUCGCCGCUAUGACCGCUUCCGCCAAGCCAUGGCUCCCUCCCGCCUCCCCGAGGCUGAGGCCAUUGCGACGGGUAUGGGGGCGGCUCUGCUAGCCAAGAUGCACUGGUGCGCAGGCAUUAAUGGCCGCGACGUGGAACUCGUCCUCGGCGGCUAUGGUGUCGGCUCUGUCCAGUGCUACGCGUUUGACUUUAACCAGUGCCAGCGCUGGCUCAUCCCGAACGCGUUGGGCGUGCUUCUUGAUGAUGACCUGGACCGAAACAUCACCGAGGGCACAUACUUUGACCCCGACGGCGACCUCGUGCCGGGAGCCAAGCGACUCGCCAUGCUCAUCAGCGGCCAGGAGCUGUACUACCCGCGUCCUCAUCAGCCGCUCUAUGCCGCCUUCAAGACGGGCUACCUCGCGACCGUCGCCAGCAUCCUCGAAGGCCGCGGCCCGUCGCAGAGCUGGCACACGAGGAUAUCCCGUGCUUCCGAGGCGUUCUGCGCGGAGUUUGAACGCCUGAACGCCGAGAAGCAAGGUCGCAGGGGACGCAUCGGCCGUCGUGUGUGA